CGGCCGUUCAAGGGCCCCAGAAGCGAAGACGCGAACGCUCACGGCAUACACGCGUAAUUCUUGCCCGCAGCUUGUUUUCUUCGACCUUGACGUGCGCGCCGAGCUGCAUGCACCCUGAACGAUAGCUCGACGUAUACGCUAUGAGUUGGCUCGCACAACUUGGCGCGUCUGGACCCACUGCGCAGGACGCAGCUGAGAAAGAGACCACUACCGACGCGACAUCCCAUGGAAAGGGACCCAGCACAGGCAGCACGUCAGCCGCAUCAGUCGACGAGAAACAGGCGAGCGAAGAGCAGCCCUAUCCUCGCGGGCGGUGGAAGGCCUGGUCUACCGUCAUGGGCGCCUUCCUGAUCCAGUUCUACGUCGUCGGGAUUCUCACGGGCUUCGGCGUCUUCCAAGAGUACUAUACCACGGAAUGGCUACCAAGCUACUCCGCAUCAGACGUGAGCUGGAUCGGCGGUGUGCAGUACUUGUUCGAGCUGGGACUGGGGCCGGUAGCGGGAAAGCUCUACGACGCCGGUUACGGGCGAGCGUCUACCCUCUUGGGGUCGUUCAUCUCCAUGUUCAGCUUCUUCAUGCUGUCCCUCGUCGACCGCGAUCAGUACUAUCAAGUCUUCCUCGCUCAAGGCGUAGGCAUGGGCCUCGGGCUCAUGUUCGUCUUUGGGACGACCAUGACGAUGGUGUCGCAGCACUUCAAGUCGCGGAGGGCGCUUGCGAUGGGCAUCGUUGCCGCAAGCUCUCCCCUGGGGUCUAUCAUGUAUACCAUCCUCCUCAACCACCUCUUCCACGGGCCCACCGGCUUCGCCUGGGGCAUGCGCUACGUCGCGUUCGCUACCCUCGGGUGCUUCAUCGCGGGCAACCUCCUUCUCCACAGUCCUGUGAAGGACAUGAAGCGGAAGGCGAGGGAAAGGAGGACCGUCGCGAAGGAGGAGAGGUCCGCAUUCAUUAGGGCUCGCUCUCGAGAGACGGCGGUCGAGGGGAACGCAAAAACGCGCGCCUCCGACAAGACUGAUGGACCAACCGCGCCAGUUGCCAACGGAACUUCGGCCUCUAGCGAGGCCCCCCUCUGGGACCUACCCUUCGUGCUCACCAUGAUCAGUGCGCUGCUCUGGUCCCUCGGGGCAACGCCGCCUAAUUUCUACAUGCAGCUCUACGCCGAGAAACACGGCGUGGACCAGCAGCUCUGCUUCUACUCCUUCGCCAUCCUCAGCUUCGCGAGCAUCUUUGGGCGCAUCGUGCCCGGAUGGAUGGCGGACCGGUGGGGCGCGGCGAAUGUGUUUAUUCCGAGUCUGUUCAUGGUUGCUGCCAUCAGCUUCGGUAUGUUCGGCUGCCGUCAUCCAGGAGGGCUCGUCGUCUUUGCUGUCGUUUUUGGCUACUUCUUCGGGACCGUGAUCGCGAUCUACAUGCCCAUGGUCGCCUCCAUGACGCCGCCUGGCACAAACAUGGGCCGUCGAUUGGGAGUCUCCCUCGUGCCAGUCGGGAUUGGGUCCUUCGUCGGCCCACCGAUCUCAGGCGCCAUCCUUGGGCGAAGUUACGAUUGGUGGAAGACGAUCGUGUUCUCCGGGGUCCUGCUAAUGGGCGCAUGCGCGUUCAAUAUCGCGGCGCUUGUCCUUCAUCGAAGGCGGGCGGCGAAAAAUCGACUGACGAAUGCAUAAUGUUUGAAUAACUCUCGUGAUGUAGAAUAGAUGUUCUGGAAUACAAAUGGGUUUGCCUUGGG